AUGACUCCUGCUAGAGAUUUCUCCUACUUUAAACCAUAUUCCAUUUACUUCUCUGUUUACCUAGCCCAGCUCCCAAUAGGAUAUAACUACCUGAGUGGUCCUAUCUCAUUUUUAUCUUUGUAUCUAAGGAUCUGGCAGGUAGUAGGUGCAGUGGAUAGAGCUUUCUCCUUCUUUAAAUCAUCUUCCAUUCACUUCUCUGUUUACCUAGCCCAGUUCCCAAUAGGAUAUAACUACCUGAGUGGUCCUGUCUCAUUUUUGUCUUUUUAUUUAAGGAUCUGGCAGGUAGUAGGUGCAGUGGAUAGAGCUUUCUCCUUCUUUAAAUCAUCUUCCAUUCACUUCUCUGUUUACCUAGCCCAGCUCCCAAUAGGAUAUAACUACCUGAGUGGUCCUGUCUCAUUUUUGUCUUUUUAUUUAAGGAUCUGGCAGGUAGUAGGUGCAGUGGAUAGAGCUUUCUCCUUCUUUAAAUCAUCUUCCAUUCACUUCUCUGUUUACCUAGCCCAGCUCCCAAUAGGAUAUAACUACCUGAGUGGUCCUGUCUCAUUUUUGUCUUUUUAUUUAAGGAUCUGGCAGGUAGUAGGUGCAGUGGAUAGAGCUUUCUCCUUCUUUAAAUCAUCUUCCAUUCACUUCUCUGUUUACCUAGCCCAGCUCCCAAUAGGAUAUAACUACCUGAGUGAUCCUGUCUCAUUUUUGUCUUUUUAUUUAAGGAUCUGGCAGGUAGUAGGUGCAGUGGAUAGAGCUUUCUCCUUCUUUAAAUCAUCUUCCAUUCACUUCUCUGUUUACCUAGCCCAGUUCCCAAUAGGAUAUAACCUGAGUGAUCCUAUCUCAUUUUUGUCUUUUUAUUUAAGGAUCUGGCAGGUAGUAGGUGCAGUGGAUAGAGCUUUCUCCUUCUUUAAAUCAUCUUCCAUUCACUUCUCUGUUUACCUAGCCCAGCUCCCAAUAGGAUAUAACUACCUGAGUGGUCCUGUCUCAUUUUUGUCUUUUUAUUUAAGGAUCUGGCAGGUAGUAGGUGCAGUGGAUAGAGCUUUCUCCUUCUUUAAAUCAUCUUCCAUUCACUUCUCUGUUUACCUAGCCCAGUUCCCAAUAGGAUAUAACCUGAGUGAUCCUAUCUCAUUUUUGUCUUUUUAUUUAAGGAUCUGGCAGGUAGUAGGUGCAGUGGAUAGAGCUUUCUCCUUCUUUAAAUCAUCUUCCAUUCACUUCUCUGUUUACCUAGCCCAGCUCCCAAUAGGAUAUAACUACCUGAGUGAUCCUGUCUCAUUUUUGUCUUUUUAUUUAAGGAUCUGGCAGGUAGUAGGUGCAGUGGAUAGAGCUUUCUCCUUCUUUAAAUCAUCUUCCAUUCACUUCUCUGUUUACCUAGCCCAGCUCCCAAUAGGAUAUAACUACCUGAGUGAUCCUGUCUCAUUUUUGUCUUUUUAUUUAAGGAUCUGGCAGGUAGUAGGUGCAGUGGAUAGAGCUUUCUCCUUCUUUAAAUCAUCUUCCAUUCACUUCUCUGUUUACCUAGCCCAGCUCCCAAUAAGAUAUAACUACCUGAGUGGUCCUGUCUCAUUUGUUCUUUGUAUCUAAGAGUCUGGCAGAUAGGGGGGUGUAGUAGAUAGAGCACUGGUCGUAAUCACUAAGACAGCUUCAUGAGUUCAAAUCCAGCUCAGGCGCUUACUAGCUGUGUGACUCUAGACAAGUUACUUAACCCUACUUGCCUCAGUUUCCUCAUCUGUAAAAUGAACUGGAGAAGGAAAUAGCAAACUGUGCUUUGCUAACAAAAUCCCAAAAGGGUUCAUCAAGAGCCAAACAUAUCUGUCGGUCUAUGACAGGGCCUGACACACGUGUUUAAAAAAUACUUUAAAAAUUGAAUAUUAAGAUAGUAAUUGAACCCAAAGGUCGAAGCCAAGUCUUCUAAAAUCAAAUCCGAUCUCUUUUUUUCUCACAUGGCACCAUAUAUCUUCUCUUGAACGGGCCUGCUGUUAAGUCCA